AUGGAAGUCCCUGUUAUGAAUCAAUAUAUAGCUGCAGCAGAAUUGGCAAAUGCCCACAAGUUCAUUACUAGUUUACAACAUGGUUAUGAUACAAUAGUGGGCGAGCGAGGGGUUCAACUGUCUGGUGGACAGAAGCAAAGGGUGGCUAUUGCAAGAGCGAUAAUGAAGGCACCAAAGAUAUUACUACUAGAUGAAGCCACUAGUGCUCUUGAUGCUGAAUCCGAACGAGUGGUUCAAGAUGCACUAGAUCGAGUUAUGGUGGAUAGAACCACAGUUGUGGUUGCACAUCGUUUAUCCACGAUUAAGGGUGCAGAUUUAAUAGCAGUGGUGAAAAAUGGAGUAAUUGCAGAGAAAGGAAAGCAUGAAUCUUCAAGUACUCGGCAAACCAUGUAA